AUGUCUCGCCUCCACUCGUCCGCUCCGAUGCUCCUUCUCCACCGCCGCUCCUCCUCCACAUCCACCUCGCUGCCCUCACGCCAGGCUCCCCACGUCGCCCUUGCCGCGGCCACGGAGCGCGCCUGCUCCGGGACGCUCAGCCCUCAGGACGCACACGAGGUGUUCGACGAAUUGCUCCACCAGGACACUCCGGUACCAGCGGGCGAGCUGAACGGCUUUCUCGCUGCCCUCGCCCGCGCGCCGGCCUCCACCGCCUGCAGCGACGGCCUGUCGCUCGCCUUCGCCCUCUUCAACCGCAUGCCACGAGGCGAUGGCGCGCCGGUGCCGCCGCCCACAGUCCACACCUACGGCAUCCUGCUCGACUGCUGCUGCCGCGCGCGGCAUCAAGACUUAGUGUUUGCCUUCUUCGGCCGCUUCCUCAGGGCGGGCUUCAAGACAAACAUCGUUAUCGUCAACACCCUCCUCAAGGUCCUCUGCCACGCAAAGCGGACAGAUGAGGCUCUAGACAUGCUGCUUCACAGGAUUCCGGAUCUGGGAUGCGUGCCUGAUGCCAUCUCAUACAGCACAGUUAUCAAGGGCUUAUGUGAUGGUAGCAGGAGCCAGCAUGCACUCGAGCUACUCCGGAUGAUGGCAAAACAAGAAGCUGGCUGCUCCCCUGACGUGGUGUCAUAUACCACGGUUAUCCGUGGAUUCUUAAAGGAGGGUAAAUUCAGCACGGCAAGCAACCUAUUCCAUGAAAUGGUGCAGCAGGGCGUUGUUCCUAAUGUGGUGACAUAUAACUCGAUGAUUGAUGUGUUGUGCAAGCGUGGAAGAAGCAAAGAAGCUAGACAGAUUCUGGAUUGUGGGAUUCAGAAGGGCCUCAAACCAGAUAUCGUGACAUACUCUACCAUGCUUCACGGGUACGCUACAGAAGGAAGCCUCGUUGAUAUGAAUAAUCUCUACAACUUGAUGGUAGGAAGAGGUGUUGUACCUGACCAAUAUAUUUUCAACAUAUUGAUCAGUGCACAUGCUAAGUGUGGAUUGGUGGAUGAGGCCUUUCUUAUCUUUGAAGACAUGCAGAAACAGGGAGUGAAACCAGAUGUUGUAACCUAUUUAGCCACGAUAGAUGCGUUUUGCAGAAAGGGCAGGAUGAAUGAUGCUAUUCAACAAUUCAACCAGAUGAUUAAUAUGGGGGUACGGCCAGAUGUACAGACUUAUGGGUGCCUGAUUCAGGGUUAUUGUACACAUGGUGAUUUAGUGAGAGCUAAAGAAUUGGUUCAUGAAAUGAAGGAAAAAGGCAUCCGUUAUCCUGGCAUUAUGUUCUUUAACUCAAUUAUAAACAGCCUAUGCAAAGAAGGAAGGGUGACAGAUGCACAGCAUAUCUUUGACUUUAUGAAGCAUAUAGGUGAGAAGCCUGAUGUUAUCACAUUUAAUUCACUGAUUGAUGGAUACUGCUUGGUUGGCAAGAUGCAAAAAGCAUGCAGGGUACAUGAUGAUAUGGUAUCUAUUGGCAUUCAGCCUAAUGCCAUUACGUACAAUACACUUAUUGAUGGAUACUUUAAAGCAGGAAUGGUGGAUGCUGCAUUGACUCUAUUCAGAGAAAUGUCAGAUAUGGCAGCUAAACCGAAUACUCUUACUUAUAACAUCAUAAUGGAUGGAUUAUUUAAGGCUGGUAGAACUGUUGCUGCAAAAGAAAUGUUCCAUGAGAUGGUCAAAAGUGGAGUGAGAUUUUCCAUUUAUACAUACAAUAUAAUUCUCAGUGGGCAUUGUAAAAAUGGUUGUGCAGAUGAAGCAGUCAUGAUGUUCGACAAGUUGCGAGCAAUGAACCUUAAGUUUGAUAUUACAAGUCUCACUAUUAUAAUUGAUGCAAUGUUUAAAGUUGGAAGAAUAGAGCAAGCUCAGAAUUUGUUUGCUGCAAUACCAGCCAAGGGAUUGAAAGUUACUGAAUAA